AAAAAGUUUCUCUUACAGUACAUAGUGACUUCAGAUUGAGUUUGCUGUGUCAAGGAAUCAUGGAUUUGAUGGAAAUAUUUUUCAUCUCUCUUGGUGCGGUUGUUGUUCUCUACCAUGUGGUGAAAUUGGUGCUUUUUAGCAGAAUCCUUUUCCCAAAACUGUGGUUUCCUCUAUCAAAAUCCUUCUUCACCUCUAUGGGAGAGUGGGCAGUGGUGACUGGAGCUUCAGAGGGCAUCGGGAGAGCGUAUGCAUUUGCACUGGCAGAAAGAGGAAUGAAUGUGGUUAUCAUGAGCAGGACAAGAGAAAGACUGGACCUGGUCGCCAAAGAAAUAGGUGAAGCUACAGACCAAACUGUGAAAGUGAUAACAACAGACUUCAUAAACGAAAACGUCUUCAGUGAAAUUGAAGAUCAGCUUAAAGACCUGGACAUUGGUAUUUUAGUCAAUAAUGUGGGUGUGCUGCCGGGUGUUGUGCCAUCCAGAUAUCUUGAAUGUGAAAACUUGGACCAGAUGAUUACAAAGGUGAUCAACUGUAAUGUGAAAACGAUGGCGAAGAUGUGUAAAAUAAUCCUCCCAGGCAUGGAGAAGAGGUGCACGACAAUUUCUUUGGGAAAGGGGCUGAUUGUGAAUAUUUCCUCUGGAAUUGCAACUGUCCCUUUUCCCUAUUACAGCCUUUAUGCUGCAUCUAAGAUAUUUGUGGAAAGAGUUUCUCAAGGCCUACAAGCUGAAUACAAAGAUAAGGGAAUUAUAAUUCAGGCUGUUGCUCCAUUUGGGGUCUCCACUCGAAUGGUAUCUUACCAAAAGACGAACAUCGUGACUCUGUCAGCGGAAAACUUUGUCAAAUCCUCUCUGCAGUACAUUCGAGCAGGAGACAGAACAAACGGCAGUAUCUGCCACAGCAUUCUGGGUUGGAUACUGCAGCAUAUUCCUCUUAAGAUCUUCUAUGCUGAGUGUGUGCUACACAGCUUACAAUCCUACAUCAAGAACCAACUGAAGAAAUCACAGCCACCGAAAAGCUCCAGAUCAACAGCAGCUUUGGAAAACCAAACGUAUCUCUAAGAAGUAAUGAGAUACACCAGUGUGAGGACAUUUGACCUAAAUAUGUGCCUCUGGACAAACUUAAUAAUCAUACAAGUGAUUAUUGUUGUAAGAUGAGAACACAUUACUGUGAAAAUAAGCAUGUACUAUAUAUAAAAUAUUCCAAAGUUUGGAGCCUUUGUAGCAAUGUGUGCAAACAUCCCAUGGGCCAAUGGCAAACCUUAUUUUGCUUGGAGUUUAAGUUUGGCCAAAACUGUGUUAAAACUGUGUUUUCGUGCCUUUUUUUGGGGUGUGAAACCAGCUUGACCAUUUCUUCACCAACUCCACCAAAUCAGCACUUCAUUGUCUUAAAAGAAGCAUUUGACAGAUGUUUAGACAAUCACUUCAUUUAAAGGCAAGAUGUACUGCACUAAAUAAAUACCAUGUUCAGUUCUGCAAAUUUACUAAAACAUGCACUUGGUUGAUGAAGCGAUGAACUUCUACCUGGUUUAUGAGAAAUGAGAUGACAACAAACACCUAUUUAUGACAGCCUGCUGCAAACUGAAUGAAGUAGUGUUUAAGACACUAAUGCUCCCUCAUCUGCAUCCAUGCAGAGGCAGAUCCACACAACUGUUUGAAGGAGUACGUAUCGAGACGUCUGACCUAGAAGAGCCACUAAUCACAGGGUGACCAGGGUGUUUGGACAACUGUGAUGAAUGAUCCUCCCCAUGAGAGAUAGUGGGGGGGAAAGGAAACGGGGAAAAGAGAGAGAGAGAGAGAGAGAGAGAGAGAGAGAGAGAGAGAGAGAGAGGGAGAGAGAGAGGGGUCAGAUUGACCCCGGGUUUCAGUGAUCCAUCUCUGUUCUGACAGUUUGCACAAGGUGAUGAAUAAGUCUUCCUCGAAUAAAAAUAAACAGCAAAUUAUCUUGAAUAACUUCUCAAGUUGAAUUUGUUCUUUUAGAGUCUCCAAGACAAACAUGUUUCAAGAAAUGGCAAGUGCAAUCAAAUCUUCAAUACCUGAAGAUCUGAUUUUGAAGAAAUUAAAUGAAGGUUAAGAUGAUGACAAGGCCAGACUUACUACCUGUGUGGUAGAUUUUUCUCAUGCUCCGGCAUCAUAAUAAAAACCAAGUAACUGGUAAGCAAACACAGACUUACAAGAACUGUUAUGUUUUAAAUUGUCUGAAUACAUUAAAUUACUGUUUUCACCACUAGUGGUUUUAUAUUAAUAUGCUCUGUUAAUCAGUAUUAGAGUUGAGGCACCAUGCAAUUAAAUCGUUUGUAGGGGAAUCAUUAAAAUAUU